UGCAAUAAGGCAGCUUUAUGUACUGACUUAGCAAAAAUCGCUUGUUUUAGCAAGGAGGCCAUUGAUUAUCAUCUCCUUGAGUCUGCAAUAGCAUUUCAGAUUCAUGAUAAUUCUGUUUUCUUAUAUCUAUGUGCAUACAUUUUUUGACAGUAAAUAUAGGGUUUGCUGUUACAUUUUAUCUUACAAGUCUUGAUCAUGACAGGUUUUAUACGAUCUAUGAAUUUGGUCAUCUUGACAUCUCUUUUUCUUUGGCGCAGCUUCCUGUGUUUAUAAACCUCAAGAAUCUUAAUAUUUUACUCCUUGUUUGUCAUGUUUUUUGGAAGUUUUGUAAGAAGUCGCAGAUGCCCGAUAUAAUCCAACAAAGGCGUCGAUUAUCAGUACAGCUACUGAUUUAAUCGACCUAACAGAUCCAACAAAAGAUGGAAAUCGAAAUCGUUCAAUUCGGAUCUGAUAAUGCUAAUGUGUAU